UUUACGCUUGAGUAGUCCUGCCCGCGAGCCUCGGAGCUGCCCAACGGCCUCCAACUACCUUGACUUUGCUUCCUGUGCUCUGGCCCAGCCAUGUUCCUUCUCUUUGCUCUGCUCACUGAGCUUGGAAGUUUGCAAGCCCACCUUGAUGCUGAGGGAAUAUUUCUGCAUGUCACCAUUCCACAGAAGAUAAGGUCAAAUGAGAGUGAAGAUUCAGAGAAACAAGUGACUUAUAGCAUCACAAUUGAUGAAAAACAAUACAUUCUGCAUCUCAGAAAGCACUCAUUCUUAUCCCAGAACUUUUUGGCUUAUACAUAUAAUGAAACUGGGUAUUUGCAUUCUGAUUCUUCAUACAUUAAGAUGCAUUGCCAUUACCAAGGAUCUGCUUCAGGUUUUCCAAAUUCAGUUGCAACACUCAGCAUCUGUUCUGGACUCAGGGGAUUCCUUCAGUUUGAAAAUAUCAGCUAUGGAAUUGAGCCAUUGCAAUCCUCAGCAAGAUUUGAACAUAUAGUUUAUCAAGUGAAAAAUGACAAUGCAGAUAUACCAACAUUAGCAGGAAAUUACAGCAAUAUUUGGAAGAAAGAUCAGCCCUCUAAAGAUCUCUUAAGUUCACAGGAAAAAACCUUUUCAAAACUAUUAUCCCAAUAUCUAGAAAUACACAUUAUAGUGGAAAAAGCUUUGUAUGAUUAUAUGGGAUCAGAAAUGAUAGCUGUAACACAGAAAAUUAUCCAGAUUAUUGGUCUUGUCAACACUAUGUUUACUCAGUUCAAAUUGACUGUGAAACUGUCAUCCUUGGAAUUGUGGUCAUAUAAAAAUCAAAUAUCCACCAAUGGAAGUGCUGAUGAUUUAUUGCAAAGAUUUUUGGCAUGGAAGGAGAACUCUUUUAUCCCACGGCCCCAUGAUAUAGCAUUCCUACUCACUUACAGGAAACAUCCUACAUACAUAGGAGCAACAUUGCCUGCCACAAUAUGCAAUAAAAGCUAUAAUGCAGGUGUUGCUAUGUAUCCAGAUACAAUAACUUUGGAGGGAUAUUCUGUUAUUAUAGCUCAACUGCUUGGCCUUAAAAUAGGAUUAACAUAUGAUGACAUCCAUAAAUGUUAUUGUCCAAGUGAUAUAUGCAUAAUGAAUCAUGAAGCAGUGUAUUCCAGUGGUAUAAAGAUUUUUAGCAACUGUAGUGUGAAAGACUACAGACAUUUUGUUUCAAAACUUGAGGCUAAAUGUCUUCAAAAACUUUCAAAUAUUCAACCAUUUUAUCAAAAUCAACCAGUGUGUGGCAAUGGGAUUUUGGAACCUAAGGAAGAAUGUGACUGUGGCCGUGAAGAGGAAUGUCAAUUUAAAAUGUGCUGUGAUUAUAAUACAUGUAAACUGAUAGGCUCAGCAAAAUGUGGCUCUGGACCAUGCUGUACUUCAAAAUGUGAGAUAUCAGUAGCAGGGACUCCAUGUAGAAAGAGUAUUGAUGAAGAGUGUGAUUUUACAGAGUAUUGCAACGGAAAUUCUAGCAAUUGUGUUCCUGACACUUAUGCGUUGAAUGGCAAGUCAUGCAGCUUGGGAACUGCAUAUUGUUAUAACGGACAAUGUCAAACUACUGAUAACCAGUGUGCCAAGAUAUUUGGAAAAGGUGUGCAAGGUGCUCCACUUGCCUGUUUUGAAGAAAUUAAUUCUGUACGUGAAAGGUUUGGAAGCUGUGGUUUCAAAAAUUCAGAACCGUUACCUUGUGAACAGAAGGAUGUUCUCUGUGGAAAAUUAGCCUGUGUUUGGCCACAUAAUAAUACUUAUAAAAGUGAUGUUCAAUCUGCAGUUUAUUCAAAUAUUCAAGGUCACUUGUGUCUAUCCAUAACUACUGGGUCUUCCGUGAGAUCAGAGGAAAGAGAUUAUGUCUAUGUGGCUGAUGGCACUGUGUGUGGUCCACAAAUGUACUGUGUAAAUAAAACCUGCAAAAAAGCUCGCUUUAUGGGAAAUAGCUGUAAUGCCACUGCAAAAUGCAAAGACAAUGGGAUCUGCAAUAAUUUGGGUAAUUGUCAUUGCUUCCCUGGCUAUCAGCCUCCAGAUUGUAUACUCCAUGAUGGUUCACCAGGGGGAAGUAUUGAUGAUGGAAGUGUUCAGAAAUCAGACACGAUUUAUGUUAAAAAAGGCUACCCUGGACAUCUGAACAACUGGCUUAUUUUAAGUUUCUACAUUGUUCUGCCCUUUUUCAUAAUUUUCAUCGUUGUGAUCAUGAAAAGAAAUGAAAUGAAGAUAUCUUGCAAAAGAGAGAAUACAGAAUGUGAAGGCCAUUGUACCAGAAAGCUAUGACGUACAUUAUUAAUAUCAUUGAAGAACUUCACCACCAAACGUCUUAUUUCCAGAAGAGAAAGUGAACUUUCUAACCUUUAUUUUACCCUUGAAUGCAUUUGAAAUGUAGAUUUAAAAAAAAAAAAAUAAAGCUCAUAUGUGUU